AUGGGAAACUGCCUGCCGUCGCUGUUCGGGUUUGUCAGACAGCACGAUGAGACCCCUCUCCGACGGUAAUUUACUUUGUCUCUCUCGCAAAAAGAACAGAAAAUCAGAAGUCAUUCGCAUUUUUCUAUUUCAGGGGCCGGUCGUCAGAUGCGGCCAUGAGUUUCACCAAUCCGAGCAUGAUGCAGCAGAGCGUAAGUGUCCGUCCGUUUCCGUAUUUGUUCAGUUUCCGCCCGAAACGGACGAAUGACGAAACGAACACGGCAUUGUUUGCACUGAGCCUUUUCCAGAGUUCGUACGUAAAUCAACUCUAUCAACACAACGUAAUUAGACAACGGCAGGCGCAGGAACAGGGAAAAGUGAAUAAUGAUCGGAAUGUGGCAAAAAGAAUAAAUUCCAUAUUUGAAGGAACUUGAUGAAGCAAAAAAGAAUCGGAUCCGUGGUCUUCUCGAGCAGAUACCAGCCGAUGUUUUCCGCGGAGAUAUUAAGAACAACGAGUGGGUUUGGCUGUGAUGUCUCUAAAAGUGCUCCGUCCAUUUACAGGUGCGCCAUCUGCAUGGUUGACUUCGAGCCGGGAGAGCGGAUCCGUUUCCUUCCCUGCAUGCAUUCCUUCCACCAGGAAUGCGUCGACGAAUGGCUCAUGAAAUCGUUCACGUGUCCGUCGUGCCUCGAACCCGUCGAUUCGACCAUCCUUUCCUCGCUCACUGCUCACAACAUGCAGUCUCUUCAGCAGAUCGUCUGCUCCCCGUCCUCUUCUGCCAAACCAUAA